UUUAUUUUUAUUUUCAAAAAUUUAUUGAAAUUUUAUUCUUGGUGUUUUUAUAUUGAACUCAUUUCGCUUUUUGUGUUUGUUAUAUACACAAUCGGUUCAUUUCUUCUCAAUUUUUGUUGUUUUAUUGAUCGUGAACAAACUAUUUUUGACGACGAUAAAAUUUGAAAAUUUAUGUGCUUUGGAAUUACAGACCCAGAUUUUCUGGGGGUAUUUCGGUGAUUCAAUUCAAUACUCGAUAUGUAUGAUUUGAUUCAAUUAACUGAUACAUUAUAGAUUUAGUGGUUUAUGGUAAUUGUUUUCUUUGGUAAUUGUGUACGGUUCUCGGGUUUCGUGUGUGUCCUACUUAACGCGAGUUUUCACUAAUGGCAAAGGCGUAGUGUGCAAAAUAACUGUGCUUCCUUUAGAAGUAAAAAAUAAAUUUAUUAAUCAAAAUACUUCAAUAACAAAGGCAGACCUGUGUAAAGUGACGAUAAAUGAGCAAUCUGAAUCAACAACAAAUUAACACCUGAAUCUUGGCGAAUGUGUAUCCAGAAACCAAGCUGCUGAUCUAAAAAUAUGAGAAAACGGUACAAAACUAAUCAUAGGGAAUAGAAUCAAAGAUGAAAGUGAAACAAUAAAAAUUCGAGUGAAAUAAAUUUAAUCAAUAGAAAUAAAAAAAUAAGGAAAGCAUGUAUAAAUAAAUCAAAGCCAAGUAUGUAUUGUAUUUCACGCUAAUCAUUUAGUUGUGCAAUUUUAGUGUCGUGACGAAAUCACUUUCGAUGCUUGCGGCGUGUUCACAUAUUUAACUAAUCGCGGUCUAUAAACAUUAUUUCUACUUGAAUUAUUUUUUUUUCUUUUGCUAAAUUUGUUCGUGGCUAUGACCCGAAGAGUUUAAAGUGCAUCCAAAGUGAAAAGGAAAUUGAAAAAAAAACAAUAAACUUCCUGUAUGUAUAAAUAAAAGUGGAAAGAGUGUUUAAACGUGGAAAAGUGAUUUAGAUAAGAUCGUUUUAGUGCUGUUGCAAUUUGGUGGAAAUCCAUAAAAAUGGGUUUCUCAUCGGCUUUACAGAGUCGUGCCGCGCACGAAGCAUUACUUGUACGUUUUGAUGCAGAAAUUCGUCUUAUGGAAAUUAUGAAACGUUCCAUUUUGUUAAAAGCCAAAGUUGAUAAGGAGUACGCAAUAAAUUUGGCAGCCGUUGCACAACAAGGAUUAAAAGUUGAUCGUGCCGACGAUUUGCAAGGUAGCUUAAUAACAAAAUCAUGGCGUGCAUACAUGGAUGAAUUAGAUCACCAAGCAAAACAAUUCAAGACAAAUGCCGAAAUGUGUGAAAUGGUGUGCGAUAAAAUAUCAUAUUUAUCACAAGACAAAAGGAAAGCUCGAAAAGCAUAUCAAGAGGAACACACAAAAAUAUCAGCACGUUUAAAUCACCUCACAGAUGAAGUUAUACGAAAAAAAUCAGAGUACCAAAAACAUUUAGAAGGAUACAAAGCGUUGCGAACACGAUUCGAAGAACAUUAUAUAAAAUCUGGUCGUGGAGGACGCAAAUUAGAUGACGUUCGUGAUAAAUACCAAAAAGCCUGCCGCAAACUACAUCUUACACAUAAUGAAUAUGUAAUGCUGAUAGCAGAAGCUAUUGAAGUUGAAAAAGAUUUUAGGACAGUUUUAUUACCAGGACUGCUGGAACAUCAACAGUCAAUACAGGAGAGUUUUAUUCUGUUAUGGAAAAAUAUGUUACAAGAAAUAAUCCAAUUUAGUGACCUGACAUCAGAUAAAUUCGUAGAAAUCCAGAAGAAAAUCGAAACAAUAGUGAAUAACAUAAUUCCCGCUGAAGAAUACAGAGAAUUUACGGAAAGACACAAAACAUCGCCUGCAACGCCCAUUCAAUUUCAAUUCGACGAAACACUCCUUGAAGAUAUUCCCGGUAAAUUACAAUCAAAUACCCUCACAGUGGACAAUUUAACUGUUGACUGGUUACGCACACGCCUCAAUGAUCUCGAAAUUGCCAUUAAGGAUUGUCAAAAGAAACAAGAGAAAAUGAUCUGCGAUCUGAAUGGUAGUGCACUACAUACAAACGGUGGGAUCAAUGGUUUAGGCGAUGAUACUCUGAAACAAUCCAAAGACAUGAAUUCGCUACGAUGCCAGGAAAAGCAAAAACAAAAGCUGGCAGAUAUGAUAAAAACUGCCCUCAGUGAAGUCGGUUGUGAAGAACUGCCCUCAGGAUGUGAUGAUCAUUUAGCGGUGGAACAAAAUUUCAUCGAAAAUAACUUUAAUAAUGAACAGCCGGGAUCAACGAAUUCUACAACAUCACUAAUUCUUCAAAGAGGUGCUGGAGUUAUGUCACUAUUCAGAGGUCCAUUCAAGCGUAAGUCAACCCCUCUAACGCCAACAGCCAAACAACGAACGCGAACUGAUACGAAAGUGCGAUCCCAAAGUCUUGGAUCUCUAUCGAUGUCUUUUACCGGUAAUCGUCCGCUGUACGAGGAAGAAUGGUUCCAUGGUGUUUUACCACGCGAAGAGGUUGUCAGACUGCUGAAAAACAAGGGUGAUUUCUUAGUUCGUGAAACGAUUCGGAAUGACGAAAGUCAAAUAGUGUUAAGUGUUAGUUGGAAUGGUCAUAAGCAUUUCAUAAUUCAAACAACGGCGGAUGGUCAUUAUCGUUUCGAAGGACCUCCUUUCCCUAGCAUAAAGGAGUUAAUUAUGCAUCAGCACCAGUCAGAAUUACCGGUUACAGUUAAAUCAGGAGCAAUUCUCCGGCGGCCAGUUUUACGUGAACGAUGGGAGCUGAGUAAUGACGAUGUGAUUUUAUUGGAGAAAAUUGGAAGGGGUAACUUUGGGGACGUAUAUAAAGCAAAACUGAAAUCAACGAAACAGGAUGUAGCAGUCAAAACCUGCCGAAUGACCCUACCUGAAGAGCAGAAGCGGAAGUUUCUUCAGGAGGGCAGAAUAUUAAAACAAUACGAUCAUCCCAAUAUAGUGAAAUUGAUUGGAAUUUGUGUUCAAAAACAACCCAUAAUGAUUGUUAUGGAAUUAGUACCAGGUGGAUCAUUGCUCAAUUUCCUUCGUAAAAAUGCAAACACGUUUACCUCUAAACAGCUAAUGGGAAUGUGUAAAGAUGCUGCAGCAGGAAUGAGAUACUUAGAAUCCAAGAAUUGCAUCCACCGCGACUUAGCCGCCCGAAAUUGUUUGAUUGACUUUGAAAACUCUGUAAAAAUCUCAGAUUUUGGAAUGUCCCGCGAAGAGGAAGAAUACAUAGUCUCUGAUGGUAUGAAGCAGAUCCCAGUCAAAUGGACAGCACCAGAAGCCUUGAAUUUUGGAAAAUACACAUCACUAUGUGAUGUGUGGUCGUAUGGUAUUUUAAUGUGGGAAAUAUUUUCAAAAGGUAACACCCCUUAUUCGGGUAUGAGUAAUUCAAGUGCUCGUGAGCGAAUUGAUGCAGGGUAUCGAAUGCCAGCACCGGAAAAUACACCGCCCGAAAUGUACCGUCUCAUGUUAAAAUGUUGGUCUGCCGAACCAGAAUCUCGUCCACAUUUCGAUGAAAUCUACACAGUAGUUGAAGCUCUCAUGCUGCGGGAAUAA